UCAUUUUUUUGAAGUGGUCAAUUUUCAGGAUGCAGUUCGAAUUUAACCUCAACAACAUAUUCAGGGAACCGAUAACGGUCAUCAUGGAGAACAUGUUGCCGUCUAACUUCAAUGGUGGCGAAAACGAAACGCUGAACGUCACCCACGUUAUCAAUCAGAUCGUGCAUCUAAUGGAUUUGGCGUCUGCCAAGGCGCAGGGUUUGGUAACAGCCCGACCGUCGACUUCGAAAGUGAAGAGCACAAACAAAUUUAUCUACUUCAUGGUGGAUAAAAGCGCGAACGGUGACAAAGGCGCCCUGAUAGGGAUGCUGAAAACUGGCGACGCUCCGCUUUGUUUAUGUAACAAGAGGGGCGAGUGCGUGCAAGUGAAAGCCAGAUGCGUGUUGGAUUUCUUCGUGAUCGAAUCUUACCAAAGGGCCGGUUUCGGCAGGUCGUUGUUCCAGUACAUGCUGGCCUAUGAAGAACUCGACCCUGAGGGAAUCGCCUUCGAGAAACCUACCAGUCAACUGCUGGAAUUCUUAGGAAAGCACUACGACUUGAAGAAACGAAUCAAACAGGACAACAAAUUCGUGAUAUUCGACGGGUUCUUCGACAGGAACGUCAUGAUGCAAUGUAACAAACAAUUCACCAAACAAUUACCAAGAACUGCGUCCAGAUCCUACGUGGACCCCUGCGUUGCAAAAGUAAACGGUACGUUUCUAUACGGGGAAAUACCUGAACCGGAAUCCAAAUUCAAACGUGCAAUUCAACGAGUAAAACCCAAACCGUUCGACGCGGACGCCUUAAACGAUCAAAUGUUGAGACGCAGAGUCAUCCGCACCGCCGCACAGAAACGUUGCGUCCAGUCUGCACGACCGUCGAGCGAGGGGACGAGAAAGCAACAGGAGAUCCUUAAGAAAAGCACUCCGAGAACUACCAGAAGCGCCGGAAUAUCCAGACGUCCGGGUAGUGCAAGGCCGAUUCAGAAUCAGGAUCCGGAGACGGCGAAGGAGCCGUUUUUGGCGAAACGGGUGUUGCACAGGGAGGACGAUCCGGUGUGCGCCAGCGAUGUUUUUAUGCCGCGACGUGUCCUGCAUAAGGACGAUGAUCCUAUUAAGCCGGUACAGAAUGAUUGGUAUAAAACGUUUGAUAGGUACAAAGGUCAGUAGGAUUCCUUUGGGUUUGUACGACGGGGUGUACAUGAAACUGACGAAUUGGCACUAUUUGGAUGAUUUGUUUAACGGGUGUGAAAUAUUUCUUUUUUGCUUUGUUUCUAUAUAUACGUAUUUAAAUAAAUUCUAGUGAUGAAAAUA